AUGUACGGGCAUGCAGAUGCAGAUGAGGAUAUGGGUCCAUGUAUGCACAAUGAAUCCAUGAAUCCAGAGAGGAGGAGGAGGAUGAGGAGAGGAGAGCAGAGAGAGGCGGGCAGGAAGGAGCAGGGACCAGGACAAGGACCAGCUUUGCGACGACGGCAUCGAUCGCAGGCUCUGCUCACAAGACGGCCUCGUGGAUGGUGGUGGAACGAGGAUGCGGUAGACGGCGCUACAAGCGACUGUGGCGGCGUCGACGUUGAGGCUGCUGGCGACCCGGGCUGGCUGGACGCUGUGGCCGAUUCGGGCGACGUGGUGAGAGCGCCGCCGCCUGGAACAGCUAAACCGUCAGUUAGCACGUCCAAAUUAGGCGCUGUAGUGAGGCCACUGGCCACUGAAUGCACCGCCAAAGGGCGACAACCGCAACCACAGCUGGGUGCCACUGCAGGCGCAGGCGCUGGAGCUGGCGCUGGCGCUGGCGCUGGAACUGGAACUGGAACUGACCUGACUGCCCUCCCGCGGCUGCUACUGCGCCGGCUGCAGCUGUCACUGCUGAUCCUCCUCCUAGCGGUCCUGUGGCCGCUGUGGCCGCUGUGGCCAUGGCUCUCUGGGGGGCCGAUCGCUGCUGGCGGUCGCUUCCUCUGGCUUCGCGCUCCCUCUCCAGCCUCCGCUUCCCUUCCCACAGGGCGCUCGCAGGAGGAAAAGUGGGCAGAGGCUUUGAUUUUUGAUGUCUGUUUGGUGCCCUCCACUUUUAAGGGCGUGGAGAAGGAGGAGCCAUUUCUCCGCAUGGAGCCGGAUUAUCUAAGAAUCAGCAUCAUCUCAGACGCUUCCCCAGCUCCACGCCGCAGCCCCGGCUCGGGUGCUAGCCAGUCGCUAGCUGCUCCUGAGAGCUGGGGAAGACAUGGGGGGCUGCCACAGGCGAUGCAAUGCUACGACAGAUGCGGCGCGCGUCCCGGGCUCGAGCCAGCACAGCACUUCAGGCUCAGGCGAGCCGGCAUCGAGAAUCAGCCUCUGCCGCCUUCUUUCAGGGGCUUGCGCAUGGCCGUCUGGUCUUAG